AUGGAAAGACAGAAGACGACAAACGGUGAUGAAAGAGAAGAAGGAAAGCUGCUAGGCCGAAGCAGAGAUGCACUCCAGAGUAGUAGAUCAAUAUCACCAACAGAUGAUGAUGGUAAUUCAUUUCUACUGCCUCCACCAGUCCCGUGGAAUUUAGAUGUAUCCAGUGAAAUGUUGAAUGAUACAACACCAAGUCUAUUUGUAAAUGAUAGACAUGAUGAUGUAAUUAUGAAGAGUGGUCAUAGAUGUAAAGAGCAUCGAGUGAAAUUUGAUGAUCAUCUAGCCGGUGGCGGUUGUCGUGGUGAUGUAUCACCUCAUUGUUGUCAACAUUUUUGUAAUCAUGUUAACAAUAGUCAUCUGCAGCAAUCGAGAGGUCAGUUAGACAACAGCAAUAAUAAUAAUAAUAUAUGCUGUUUAAAUGGUCUAUGUAAUAAUAAUACUAAUGCUCAGCACCACAAUCAUCAUCAACAGCAGCAACAUCGUCAUGUGGAUCAUUCACCUGAACUCUCCCCACUGCAUCAAUUCAAUUUUGAUAGUAUUGGAAUAUCUGAUGUGAGUGAUAGUAAUACUUAUGCAUUCAGUACAUUGGAUUCAGAAUAUUUAGCUUGGAUGCGUUUAAGUGUACGUGAUAUUACAAAUCAUCGUUUCACUGAACAUGUGGAUUCAUCAGCAGCAUCUGCAUCAUCUGCACUGGAAUUACCUGAUCUAGAGACUUUAUCACGACCGUGUGUUCAUCAUUGGGUGGAUAUAUUCAAUUCAAAUCCAUUAGGUUUAAGAUUAAAUUUUGUGGAUGAUUCAUGCCGACUUGCUGGUACACUGCGCAUUUAUAUAAAUCUUAUUAAACCGGUGAAAAUGUCAUUAAGACGUACAUUAGAUAUGCUCCCGUCAAGUGAAACAGCUUCACCUGAACCAAAUAGUCCAUCUAAAGGUGCCAACUGUAAUAAUAAUAAUAAUAAUAAUGAAAAUGGCAAUGAUUUUGCUCCAACACCACCACGUCUAGUUUCAUUUUUCCUGCCUAGAGGUACCUCAAAAGUUGUCUAUGUUACAAGUUCAACAACUUCUGCCAAUGCCAUUCAAUCAUUGUUGGAUAGAUUUCAUAUUCAAGAGUCUGCACGUAAAUUUGCUCUAUAUGAACAUACAUUAGAAGGCACUACAAUUAGUGCUCGUAAACUAUCAACUUCUGAAUGUCCUUUAUUGUUAUUAUUGAAUUGGGUUCGUACAACUUCAAGUCGUGAUCAUUUCUUAGAAUUACUUAAACAAAAACGUAUUGUACUGCAGGAAAAUGAUGCAUGUGAUAUAGAGUGGAAAGAGUUCACAACAGCAGAGUUGACCAACUUCUUACGUAUACUUGAUAAAGAAGAAUCUGAAUAUCGGAAUGCUAUACUAUAUCAAUACAACCUGUUACGUAAUCAAUUGGAGCAACGAAUGAAACAGUUGUUGGAGACUGGUGAAGCUUAUCACCACCAUCACCAAUCACCAAUCACAUCAUCAUCAUUCACAUCAUCAGCAUCAGCAGUUGCAUCACCACCAUGAUAACGAGAAUAGUGUCGUCAGUGAUGAUUCAUUAACUAGUGAUACUAAUGGUGGACCACCUGUAUAUUCAAGAUUCUAUUCACCAUCACAUCCUUAUGCUCUGGAACAACAACACCAACAGCAAACUGAUGAAGAUUGUCAGCCUCAGUCCACAGGACAACCUUGUUAUGACUGUCAUUGUUCUUCACGUUAGCCGAUUCCUUCGAUGAUGGCGUGAUGCUGGUGGCGACGAGUACUGAUGAACAUUUACUAGUGGUCACUUUGAAAAAUAAAGAAAGAAGGAGCAACAAUCUAGAUCCGUUUAUUUUUAUCCAUUUUACUUCAAAUGUUCGUUUGUUGUGGAAAGAUCAAACUACUCAAAUCACUAUUUAGUAGUAUGCAGACAAAACUGAAAAUUAUCUUCACAUAAUCUUAAGUUCGACUCCUGUCCAACUUUUUCCAACCUCCUCAUGUUGUAAUAAUAAGGAAUCUGUACUGGAUAAUUAACUGUGAAAUAUUUAACUGACUGACUACUCCUCUGUUCGACCUAUCUGCUCCUGUCUCCUCCACACACACACGCACACACACUGUUUUCCUUUCUGUAGUUCAUGUAUUUUAAACCUAGUUCCGGUCUGAUUUUAUCAGUCUGUUGUGUUUCAUCUUCUCGGCUUAAUUAAUUAUUUUCCCCUCGUCGUCGUCGUCAUGUGUGUGGCGCGUACAAUCGGACUAGUUGUGUGUGUGUGUGCGUGUGGUGUUCCUUCCAUCGAAAAAAACGUUCCUAGUAGGAGUGUGAGUUGUUGAUUGCUACUCACUGUUGUAGGCAAAUAUAUUUGAUCCUGUUUAUUUUACAUUUAUGUGUAUGGUGUGAUAGCAGUGUAAAUAUUUUUCUUUCAAAAAUCAAUAUUUAUUUUCUACCAUGUUCUUCUUGUUACCUCCCAUCCUGUUCUCUCCCCACCCUCUUCUCUCUCUCUCUCUUGGAAGCGAAAGGCCUACAUACAUACACAUUUGUAGUGUACUCUAUAUAAUGCUUCUGAUUCAUAUUCCUCUGUAUUUCUUGUUCGAUGGUCGGUGGUGGAUAGUACUACUUACAUUAGUAGUAGUGAUACGCUUACUGUUUUCUUAUGGAUUGUGUUAUGCUUUCUUGUGUUUUCUAAAUAGUAUUAAUUAAAUUAAAUUAAAGCGACUCUGAUCUGCUCUACUCUGCUGCUCUGAGACUGUGUGACACAUUCAUUCAUCGAUCGGUACACUCAUUCGUCCAUUCAUUCACUUACUCACCUCACUCACUCACUGACAUACCCCCCUCCUCCAUAUACAUGCCAACAUGUUGUGUUUGAGUCUUUUGAAUAAUUCCUAAAUUCAUCUUGUUUCUACGGUACGGUGUUUUUGUGCAUUGAAGAAUUCGCCGGAGUGUCUGUGUGUGUGGUGUUGAAAUUCAGUUGAUUGACCUUUGUGAAGAGAAAAGAAAAUUAGUAAUAAAGAAAAAUCGAUGG